AUGACUGACCACAUGUACAUUAAACCCGUUGAUCCAUUGAAAUUGGAUGGAAAUUUGAACGAGAAUUGGAAGAAAUUCAAACGCAACUACGACAUUUUUGUGAUUGCCAUCGGAAUGGGAGAGAAGACCGAUCCAGUAAAAAUCAACACAUUUUUGAAUGCAGUGGGUCCCGAAGCCGUCGAAAUUUACGAUACAUUUGAUUUGACAGAGAGCAACUUACAACGAUACCAGAAAGAAGGAGAAUCGUUCGAUGCCUUUUUGAUGGACAUCAAAUUGCUGGUGAAAUCAUGCGAAUUUAAUCAAGCGACGAACGAAAUGUUGCGGGACAGAAUCGUCAUGGGCAUUACCGAUAAAAAAUUACAAACGAAAUUAUUGGAAUCAAAUGACUUAACAUACGAUGCAGCCGUUGAAAAAUGUCGUGCAGCAGAGGCAACCAAAGAGCACACCGAAAAAAUGAGUAAAAUUAAAUCGCAAGAAGUCAAUGAGUUGAAGGGAGACGGUGCACAGUCAACACAAACGUACAAACAACACAGUAAGAAUACGAGACAAAGCAACAACAACAAGCACAGACAGAACGAUAAGAGAGCAACCACGUGGCAAGGCAACACACAGUACCGUUCGAACGCGAGCCGAAACAGUGGCAACAGCAACAGCAGAGGUAGUAACAACAACAGUGAAAACAGCCGAAACAACACCAAUCAAUCCAAAUGCAAACGAUGCGGAUACAAUCACAAUUUCAACGACAAAUGUCCAGCUCAGGGAAAGACUUGCAAUGUAUGUUCUAAGCCCAAUCAUUUUGGAAGCGUUUGCAAAUCGCGCAGCAUAAAUUCAAUUGAAUAUGGCUUUGCAAACGAUAACAACGAUUUUUACAUUGGGGCACUUGAACGAAAUGUAACAAACACAGCCGGAGAUGUGAUUGCAACAAGGUGGUUGGAAAGAAUUCGCAUCAAUGAUCAACUCGUGGCAUUUAAAAUUGACACUGGUGCUGAAAUGAAUGUAUUGCCGUUACACAUUUUCAGACGAUUGAUGUUUGGUUCGAACGAGGGUUUGCGGUUCACAAACAUGACAUUGAGAGCAUUUGGUGGACAAACGAUAAAUCCAGAAGUGAAUUUUAAAUUCAUCACGAUUUUCAUUCUGGUCGUUUUGCUGAGCACUUGUCAUGGUGGCAAGAAGGGAAAACGCGAAAAGUCAUCAUCAAAAUCACCUCAUUAUGACGCUGCUGCAGAACAAUAUUAUAAAAAACCCGGUCCAAUUAUUCAUGAUGGGAAAAAGUCCUCACCAAAAUCCGAUAGCUCUGAUUCGGAUUCAUCUGAUGACAAUUUAUUCGAUUGGCGCCUUACUCAAGAGCAGUUUGAGGACAAAUUGGGGAAGUUAGAAGCAAAGAAUAAAACAAAGAUAACAAAGAAAGAGAAAAAGGCAUCAUCAAAAGCACCUACCUAUAGCUCUGAUUCGUACUCAUCUGAAAAUAUGUUGAAUGACGAUAUAUUCGAUGUGGACCUUACUCCAGAGCAGAUUCAGGACAAAUUAAGGGUGUUAAAAGAAGAACAAAAAGCAAG